AUGUACUGCCCAGGCGCCAUUCUCCUCGGACUCAUCACGUUGUCCUUUGCAAACGUGAUUGAUCUCCGCAUCUCCGUCGAUGAGCUCUCCGAGCACGACCCAAGCACGGCCGCCGACUGUUUCUGGUCCGGCACCUCACCCUUCUGCGCCGGCAGCUGCCCAUCCAACUACGAGGACUGCCGCACGGACAGCUGCGGCGACGGCGCGUGUUGCUGGACCGGCUACAAGAAGUACUGCUGCCAGGGCGGCUGUCCCAACAAGAAGUCCCUCGACGUAGCGUCCCACGACGGCGCAGUGCACAAGACGGCCGGCGAGCACGACGACUACUGUCCUGAGGGAGAGUUCAUCUGCUGCCCUCACCACGCGAAGCGGAACGAGGAGUGUCUCUGUUUGCCGAAGAAGGAGGAUGGCAACAGCAGGGAGGCGGUUGCUCGCUCUCCGCGUGCAGGCUUGCAGCGGACUCUUGGCGAGCCGGACAAUGAUAUCUGCGAUCCCAGCGAGCGCAUUUGCUGCCCUCCUGAUGCGGAGAGGAACAGCCAGUGCCGCUGCUACAAACCAUGA